AUGAGCCAACCAUGGCUCGACAGUCUGUCCGACGACUGGCCCUCGAUGCCAGCCUCGCCGACAAGUCCUGCACCAACUCCACCAACUCAACCAUUGGCCUCGUCUCCAAGGGCCAGUUUGCCCGGAACCCCGAGUCGCAUUCCAGUGCCCGCGCGGCGUUCCGAAAAACAAUCCCCGGGGGACAAGAAGAAGGUGACCCGGCCCUGUCACUUCCACAGAAAAGAGCCUCCAACCCCAAAGACUCCCCGUACCCCCAAGACACCGAAACCGCGAUCGCCGGCCCCCGAUAAGUCCAAACCCAACACACCUAGGACCAAGGAAAGCCCCAGGCGCGUCUCCGCUGCGGUUCGCAAACCUUCAGCGAUGGACCAUCGAUCCCCACUACGAUCCGUCUCGAACGUCUCAAACGCCUCGAAAUCGUCGGAAGUUCAGAGUAAUAGUACCGUUCAGAUCAAAACGAAGAAAGGAACAAAAGACACACAGGAGGGCACACCGGAAUGGCGCAGGCGCUUACUGCGGGGGGAAAUCGAGGCGGGCGAACAACGAGAUUUGUUCGCGCCCAUGGGACUGGAAAGUGUUUUCAAGCCACCGCCUCAGAGCUCAUUGACACAAGACUCGAUUCCAUUUUCGAAGCAGGACGAUCAGCUGUGGGAUUUCACCGACAACACUUCGCGACAAGAUAGAGACGAGGCGGAAAAACAAGAUCAACAAUCCGAGCCAGAACCAGAGCGCGUCGACAGUGAAGACGAGGGCGGAAACCACACUGAAUCGGCGUCAGGGACUGUAAAUCGCGCGCCGUGGGGAGAAGAUGCGACGCAGGACGCGACACAGGACCCAGAAGGGUACUCACAAGGGAAUACACAACUACGGACGGCGAGUGGAUUGGAAGAUCUUCGUAACGAAGGCAUCACGCCCAUCACAUUCACCCGAAACAAUACAGUUGACGGCACUAAGACGUCCGAAGUCAUCAAAUCUGCGCUGAAGCAGGUCACCAACAAAUUGGAAAGUUUGUCUAUCGAAAACGACAGCCGCCCAGAGUCCCCAGCAAGCGACAGCUUCCUCUUCUACAAUCACAGUGAACCUCGUCCCGACGCGUCACCCCGCGACGACAGUUUACUAGACGUGACCAGCCACUCUCUCCCUCAAGAUUUGUCGAUGGGAACAGUCGACUUCCACCGACGUGGAAACCGCUCUUUCCCUCGUCGAUUUUCACCAUCGCCCUUCCCUUCACACCGUCUCUCCCCCGCAACCCUCGCCAACUCCAAAAUUCGCAGUUCUCCCCUCUUCAAUCCUCCUCACCGGACAGGCUCUCCUGCCCUACCUCGCCCAUCUUCAUCUCACGUUCGACCAUCCACAGCUGGGGACACAGAAGGGAGAGACGGAAAUAUGCCAUCUUCAGGAAGUCCACUGAAGUUGUUCGGUGACCAUGAUACAUUCACGAAUAACCGAUUGCUUCGGCGCAUGAGUCAAUUCGAGGAGAGCUUCAGCGACACAUCGGAAGGAGAAGAACCACCAUCGCCGUCCGAGGAAGCGCGAAGAAAGGGCGAAAAUCGAAGCUUCUUGACUGCGAGAAAUGAACCAUUGGGCGAGAUUUCACCGAGACGUAAUGAACGCCACGGAUCUCGGAAUAAUGGACAUCGUAUAAGUCAAUUCGGCGGUGGCGAGUUGGACAAGUUCGACUUCUCAGAUGCCAGCCCCUACGAACACAAAUUGAUCUAUGAUGAGGCCGCAGGAUUCGGAUCUCGACCUACAUCAAGGAAAAGAUCAUCAACUCGAAAUUAUCUCCGUGGCUCAUCUGCACAGCAUAGCUUAUAUCAUUACAGCAGAACAGCCAGCUCUGGAUUCACGCGAAAACCAUCUGCCUGGGUUCGUCAGGAUUUCUUCGACGAUAUAAGACCAGCCACUCGACCGGGCAACAAGGAGAAUAUGCCUCCUGAUGUCAAACGAGUACCCAAGGCCCCUGGGAUGGACCCAACUCCGAAGCGGCGUCGAACAAUUAUGCGAAAGAACAGCGUCGAGCCGAACUGGGAGAACGGAGACUCACCCCCAAAGUAUGGUGACAGCAUGUCACUGUUACAGAGAAGCCUAAUGCAACAAGGCGUGCAGAUUGGUAAUAGUGACUAUCUUGCUCCCCCUGGCUUUUCCCAAUCGAUGCAGCGACCACGUACACCGACCCCAAGUCAAAUACGAAAUGCUGCCGAAGCGAGCCUUAUGGCGCAUAGAAGGUUCUCCGAGUCCAAUUUCGAUAACACAGACUAUUCGGACUCAUUCUCACUCGAUGGUGAUGUCCCCCUUGUCAAAAUUACUGGCACCAGUGAUACUUCACGAAAGGGGUCAAUCACCACCCAAGACUAUCUCAACGAAGCCACGAAGAUCAUGGACUUGAUCCGAUCAAAAGGUCGGGGUGCAACUGGUCUGACCAGCGUUCAAGAGUCUGACGUGGACAGCGAAGGCGACGAGCUUGACCUGAGCUACGAAGAUGAAUCCACCCGCGAGGCAUUCUCUCGCCCACCAAGCCGCGAUGGAACAGAUCUUCGCAAAAUUAGGGAGCCCAAGGAACUGAAUCCGUUGAUUUUGAGCCAUCUUAAAAAGUACCAGGAGCGCGAUGAUCGGGAAUUCGAUGGCGAAAUGUCACUCCCUGGCCGGCCAGAAAGUCGGAUUGACCUUGAUUCUCCAAACUCGCAGAAUAUUCGCAUCCAAGGACCGAGGAAGCGCAAGACCAGUGGCAUGGCCGAUGACACGGCCGAAAACAUUGCUCAAGACUUGAUGACUAUCAACACCCAAAUGUCCGGUUUCAGUGUCAGCUCGGCACCAACAGGAUCCUCACAGAACUCCCAAGUGAAGGGGAUGUUGGCCUCUGAUCUGGUAUCCCACCUCAUCCCCAAUGAAGUCAAUGGGUUCAAAUAUGAUCGUCGUAGGAAUCAAUGGGUCAAAGACGGAGUCGAAGAACCUCAGCCUCCAUCCGAACCCGAGCAAGGCGAAGAUCCUUUCAGAGAUAUUCCAGAUUUGAGUGUGGAUGAGCUACAAGAGAUGAUGAGAGUACAUGGUCUCAGCUCUCCUACAAAGAGCACGACCGGCGACCAACAAGAUGCCAGUGCCCGCAGGUCCCCCACAAAGAUAGAUGUUCGACCACAUACAAGGGAUGGCGCUCCGUCUCUCAACGGAAGCUCCAUUCGGUCGAGAAAGACACGAUUCACCUCGAGUGUCCCCAACACUGGCACCAGAACGACAUCAUGGGAGACGAAUGAGAUUGAAACACAAAACCACUCUGGGCAAGAUAGUUCUCAAGAACACGGCCAGGGGUCUGUGUCUUCAAAGGCGUCUCGAUCUCAAGGAAAACAAGCACGUGUUGCCACUGUCAACCUAUCAUCGGAUACUGCACAGGCUACCUCCGAAGGGGAAUCCGCCAAUACUGAACGGGAUCCAGCCUCUCAGGAUCACGUCUACCAGGGAAUUCCACCUCCCGAAGAGUCUAUUCAGUCCGAUAAUGAAAAUGAUUCGAUCCGGUCUUCUGUUCCUCCAACUGGACGACAAACCUCCGUUGCUGGACAGCCCUUUAUUCGACGUCCCAUUUCGAGAAUCGAAGAAAGAAACGAGGAUACUGUUGAUGACCAAAGCCUUGUUCGCACAAAUCAGUCACUUUCCGUCAGUGAGACACCUGCUCGCAAUGGGGCAGAGCAAUCCUUGAUGCCAAUCCAGAGCGCUGGACCCGACACAAGCUACAGCUUCCACCUCAGCCCCCUCGCAGACUUUUCGGUCAACCAGGGUGAUCGAGCUCUGAAUCUUGAGAUGAGCUAUGUGGCUCAACGAACAAAUCCGUCUUCCCUGCGCCAAGUGCACGGCACAUUUGCAUUGGCGACUGGAGAUCUGAUCAAGCAUAUUACUGAUGUAGAGCCAUAUGAGCCUUACUGGGAGCAUGUGCGUCGCCUUGUUUUGCGGCAGAAGGGAUUGAUUACUUUACAUAAGCUCAAUGAGUUCUGCCCACGGUUAGAGGAAUUGGAUGUUUCCGAUAACGACAUCGGUCAACUGAGUGGAAUCCCGCCAUCAUUGCGGACACUCAAGAUCCCACGGAAUUGCUUGUCCAACCUCACCCCUUGGAGCCAUUUGGUUAAUCUCCAAUAUCUCGAUGUUUCAGGAAAUGACAUCGAGACAUUGGAUGGCUUCUCAAGCUUGAUUCACCUCCGAGAGCUGAAGGCGAAUGAUAACCAAAUCCGCAACAUUGAUGGAAUUCUUGACCUCAAUGGCUUGCUGAGUUUGAAAUUAAGCAACAACUCUGUGACAGCGGUGGAUUUCGAAGGGUCUGAACUGACACGCCUGCGUGACCUUGACCUAAGUCACAAUUGCUUAACGUCUGUUCGCAAUGUUGACUGGCUCCCGUCACUUGCUACUCUUGAUCUCAGUGCCAACAAGAUCACUAGCCUUGAAUCUCCAGCAUCCCUCAUUAGUUUGCGCGCCCUUAGGCUGUCAGGAAAUCGUCUCGAAUCUUUGGAUGUCCGACCAUUCUCUUCCGUGAGCCUUCUUUACCUCGAUCAAAACCAUCUUUCAGCCGUGACCGGCUUGGAAAAUUGCCACAAUGUUGAGGUUUUAUCUCUCCGAGAACAGACGCCCAAGGAAAAGAAUCCAAACUUCAUGAUAGAUCUUGAUCUGGGGCUUAUCAAGGAUGUCCGCAAAGUCUUUUUGUCCUCCAACAAACUUUCGUCUGAGGUCCUCACCCCCUCUGCUCCUCUCUUGCGCCUUCAGCUUCUUGAUUUGGCUGCGUGUACAUUGAAGAGCAUCCCAAGUGACUUUGCAUUGAGCUUCCCUAAUCUCAAAGUUCUCAAUCUGAACUUCAACUCUGUCGAUAAUGUGGAACCCCUUGUGGGAAUGAACUGCCUCGCCAGAUUGAUGAUUGUUGGCAAUCGUCUAGCACGUAUGAGACGAGUCUCUCAAAUCCUCAGUCGACUAGGAAGAACCGGAAAAGGGACUGCGUGCUCCUUGCGCAAACUGGAUAUCCGCGGCAAUCCAUUGACUGUUGGCUUCUACCCACCCGCAGUAACCGGAAAUGGCACGAACAUGGAUCGGAAGAAGUUGAAGUCCAACGAACAUGCAAUUGUUCGACAUCAACAAGUCCACCGAGAUCUUUCCGAUGCACUCGCAGAGCUCGGAAAUGAUGACCAGAUAUCCCACCGGGCAACCAUGGGAGACGAGGCAAAGCCUGACACGGACGUUGAAAUCAACGACCCAUUCACAGUCCCGUUGGCAGAUCCCCUUGCCGACGGAAAAUAUCUAAUCCAUCUUGACCAAGCCACACGUCUCCGUCGGAGAGUUCUCGAACUUCUCCUGUACGCCGGCACAAGCGGAUCUCUCCAUACCUUGGAUGGCCUGGAGCUCCGACCCUCGCUGGGCGACCAGGCCUCCGACAUGAACCAAGCAUGGGAUAGACUAGAGCAUCUUGGCGUGCUGAAGAGGAAGGCGAUCAAAAAUUAA